AUGACCUUCUACGUUUGCUAUCCUGCGUCUUCCACUUCAGUGUCAGUGGACGGACCGAAGUUCUGCUUCAAGAGCAAGACAAAGAUGCGCAACAAGGAGGUGGACGAGAACACGCACGAUGCUGCCCGGAAGCUUGGGAUGUCAUUGUCAAUGGAAGGUGGGGCAAGGGUGGGGCUGAACGGUGUCAGUUCAAAACGGAUGGAUGCACUCCGCGGCCCGAAAGACAUUGUCAGGGUCACCCUCUCACCGGAAGCUCAACGUCUGUUCAGUAAGGGUCAACUGAUUCCUGACGGCCCGCACGGCAUCCUCACCGAUGGAGCCCUGCAGGUGGGGGAUAGCAGCUGGUCGGAAAUCAGUGUCACGAAGAAUGCAAGGCUUGAGUUUUCCGGAACAGAGGAGUGGACCAUCGGGCCUAGAGUUGAAGGGUCAAACAAUGAUGGAGCAGCUGGUGUCGCCAAUGCAGAUAGUGGUGGCCUUCCUGAUGUGGCCUUCAGCUACUAUGUGGUCACUGUGGGCAGUGUCACGACCAUGGACCAGAUGACAGCAGCAGCCCUAGGGUCAGGGCAAGAAGACCAAUACUUGCAUCAUUUCGAGUUUUUGAGAAUGAAUACCAAGACAGUGGACAUGCGAAGCAGACUCCAAGGCAGUGUCAAUAUCAUAUUGUUUGAAAAUGCAGUGCAUGCAGCGUCAGCAACACACGUGUUCAUGAAAGGAUGCAUGCCAGUCGUCAACUUGUUGAAUCUCAAGUUCAACAUGCAAGACGCUGCACUCGUUGCUUCAGUGUCAGUGGUUCCUUCGACCAGUUGCAUUGUUCCCUACAGCAUCUUGCACGGCGAACCGCACUGUGCCAACGAUAUCUUGAAGAAGGCCCAGGUUACUGGAAUGACAGGCAGCUUGUCCGUUGUGGGCGAGUCAGUGUCAGACUUCGUCGACCUGCGUCGCCUUCGCACGGAGUCCGUGCAGAAAAGGAAGCGUGCGCACAUUGAGAUGCUCGAGAAGGAGCUUGCCGAGGAGCGCAAAGAUGUGACCACAGAAGCAAUGUCAAGCUGA